UAUCUCGAUCAUUCACAAAUAAACUGAUUAAAAGACAAAAUUCUCGGUGUCUCAUCAACUACGCACUGGAAAUGCGUUCAAUUUUUUUCUCAAUUACAUCCGCCCGACUUAUUCAACACUGCGACGAAAUUUCAUCAGCCUUUGUGGACUCAAGACUGAAGGAUGUAAAGUGCGUGUAACAUACAAAAACCGCCUAAUUGGUCUGGGUGAAAUUAAGCGCUCGGCUGAUGCAAAGGAAAAUAACGAUUGCAGGAUGCUGAGUCGUUCACACUAACAAAAAAAUCCAGGGAAGGGAAAAAAGUAUUGACACUAUUGGAGCGGCCGUGCCAGCUUCUUCGUAAUUUUUAAGCGGCAUGAAUUGACCUGGUGGCCAUCAAGAUUGAUUGGUGAAGAGGGAAAAAUAGAUAAAUGCAGGUUGAUGGAGAGAUGGUAGAUGGGUGAGCGAUUGGUGGGGAUCCUGACAUUCUAUAAAACAGCGUGACAACCUUAACCGCAAUACCAGUACCACCAAUUUGUUAUAGAUCGAUGUACCAUGGGAUUGUGUUGCUGAACAAUUCAUCAAUCAAAUUCAUUCAAGAUUCCCAAUAAAAACUAUCACUUGUUCGUAUUUAUCAAUAAGAUUGAACAGUUGGAAGGAACACGUUGUGUUUUGUGGUGCUACUGAUUUUGUUUUUAACUCCGGAUUAUUAUUGUUAUAUUUUUGUGGUGUGAAAAUGCCACCAACAGAAAUAAUCGAUCCAAAGCUGAUGGAAGGAGGUAAUUACAUAAAGGAAGGACGGGAUUCUGCCAAGAGCACUUGUCUCAUCUUCUCACCCAAGGACGAGGACAAAGUUGGAUCUCUCGCAAAAUUUCUCCAACUCUUCACCGAGCAUCGCGUAAACCUGUUGCAUAUUGAAUCAAGGAGCUCAUUACGUCAGGCUAAUGGUUACGAAUUUAUGGUUGAAUGUGCACCAGGAGGACAUCUUGGAAUUGCUGUUGAGGCAUUGAGAAGUGAAUGCAAUUAUUUCUCUAUCAUCUCGAGGAAUCAUAAGGACAAUAUUGGCACUGUACCAUGGUUCCCUCGGCGCAUCCGCGAUCUUGAUAAAUUUGCCAAUCAAAUAUUGACGUAUGGGGCUGAACUGGACUCCGAUCAUCCGGGCUUCACAGAUCCUGUAUACAGAGCAAGAAGAAAGUAUUUCGCUGACAUCGCUUACCAUUAUAAACAUGGUCAACCCAUUCCCCGAGUCGAUUACACCAAAGAGGAGAUAUCAACGUGGGGUGUUGUCUUUAGAAAACUGACGGAAUUGUAUCCGAAGUAUGCUUGUCGCGAGCAUAACCAUGUGUUUCCAUUAUUGAUUGAAAAUUGCGGAUACAAAGAGGACAAUAUUCCCCAGCUGGAGGAUAUUUCCCAUUUUUUAAAAGACUGCACCGGCUUUACUCUCCGUCCAGUGGCCGGUUUGUUAUCGUCUCGAGAUUUCUUAGCUGGUCUUGCCUUUAGGGUAUUCCACAGCACUCAGUACAUAAGACAUAGCAGUAAACCACUGUACACGCCUGAGCCUGAUGUCUGUCAUGAAGUUCUCGGUCACGUACCGAUGUUAGCCGAUCCAGCGUUUGCUCAAUUUUCUCAAGUUAUUGGAUUGGCCUCGCUGGGUGCACCCGACGAGUAUAUCGAAAAACUUGCCACCUGCUUUUGGUUCACCGUGGAAUAUGGAAUUUGCCGGCAACAGGGUGAGUUAAAAGUCUACGGUGCAGGUCUUCUCUCAUCAUUCGGUGAACUAGAAUAUGCCCUCAGUGGAAAGCCUGAGUUACGGGCAUUCGAUCCAGCGAAGACUGCAUUGCAGAAAUAUCCGAUAACGGAGUAUCAGCCCGUAUACUUUGUCGCUGAGGACUUUGAGGAUGGUAAAGAAAAGAUGCUGAAAUUCGCACAAACUAUACCAAGAAAAUUCGGCGUCAGGUAUGACCCAUACACCCAGAGUAUCAGCAUCAUUGACAGCAAAUAUCAGAUCGAAGAGUUGGUGACUAACGUCAAUCAAGAGAUGGAAAUUCUGAUGGAUGCGCUUAAAAAAUUGAAAAACUGAGAUUCAUUUGCAGAGAGAGGGAGACAGAAUUCUGAUACUCUUGUUUACGCUCUUGUUUACAAAUUUAUUUUUAUUUAUAUAGUUCCUAGUUUAUAGGAUAUUUUGUAGAACAAGUCUUUCAAGAUUUACUCUUGUGAUUUUAUUGAGGUUUUAUUUACUAAGACAAGUAAUUAGUAAUUCAUUACUUCCUUUGAUGGAGUUAGAAUAGAGUUUGUGUGAAAAGGCUGUUGAUGGAAAAGAUUUCCUUAUCUUGGAAACCUACGUGAUUUAGAUUUGUUUAUGUAAAUUCCAGUAUAGACAUAUUUGAAUAGAAAAAUAAUAAAAAAAGGCCAAAGGUUUUUUAAUUAAUGAUGA